UGUAGGUAGACAAUAGCGAACUGCUUUGUUGACAAUUGCGACUGCCUCGUGACAAAUAAUGGUUAGUUGCAUUUUAGUAGUUUCAACAGUGCGCGGUGGUAAUACGUGUUGUUGGGUGUUUCAGGUGGCUGCCGCAGCGCCGUCGCCUCUGCGGGUUACCAUAAAUUGUGGAUCACAUGAAAGCGAUUCAUCUAUCCUCCGUUCUAUCUCAAGAACUAAAGCAGCACAGAACAAGGGGACUUUUGAUGUCAGUUCAUUUUGUGACCUCAUCCACAAUGCUAUCCCAAAAGCAGUACAAGAUGGCAGAUUCGUUGUGGCAGACCAAGAUGACAUGGACCAAGAAGGAUACGGUGACACUCAAUCGCCCAUAUCUAUAGCCCCACCCAAAGGCUACAUACCAAAACUCGGUUUAUCCAGAAUCAACAAACCAAAGCUAAGAAUCCCGGCAAUAAAAGUUCCACGGCUAGAUCAUGCACUUAACAAACCAUUGAAACCACCGGUAUUAGGAUCGUCAAUGAUCUUCAAAACGUACAGAGAUUCUUACGAAGAGCCAACAAGCGCGGAAAAGAUGGAGCAGUUCAAGAAAGGAGUUCAGAAAAUGUUACACUUCGUAAAGAUACUCGGGCAAGUGGACCAGUACCUGACUGAAAGGACUAAGAUCGUAAUAGACAAGCUUUCAAAAACGUUUGCAGAAUAGGUUAAUUUUAUACGUUUAAUUUAUUAAAACUUUGUAUUUUUAU